AUGACCAUGGACGAUUGGACCCCGAAUUCUUGGACUUCCAAGCCCAUUAAGCAGGACGUCCUCUACGGAGAUCCUCAGGGGUUGCAAUCCGCCUUGACGAAGUUGGGCAAGUUGCCGCCCUUGGUUACUACCCAGGAGAUUACCAGUUUGAAAGAGAGUCUUCGCAAUGUUGCGCUUGGGAAGGCCUUCGUGCUCCAAGGAGGAGAUUGCGCCGAGCUGUUCGACUAUUGUAAUCAGGAUAUGAUCGAAGCUAAGGUUAAGCUGCUGUUGCAGAUGAGUUUGGUUUUGAUUUGGGGUGCCAAUCGGCCUGUUGUGCGUAUUGCGCGCAUUGCGGGUCAAUUUGCCAAACCUCGGUCCAGCCCUAUGGAGGUGAUCGAUGGCGUGGAGAUGCCGUCGUUCCGAGGCGACAACAUCAACGGCUUCCCUGCGUCGCCUGAAUCCCGCAAGCCGGAUCCCUCACGACUGGUGUCGGCCUACUUCCACUCCGCUGCAACUCUCAAUUACCUCCGGGCAUCUCUAUCGUCUGGCCUGGCUGAUCUUCAUUCCCCGCUGGACUGGGGACUUGGCCAUGUUAUCACGCCAUCCAUUAAAGAGAAGUACGAGCACAUCGUGAACCGCGUCAAGGACGCCCUGCGGUUCAUGCAAACCGUGGGUAUCGAUACCGAUCGCGGUGUCGAGACCGUCGACGUCUAUACCAGCCAUGAGGGUCUUCUUCUUGAAUACGAACAAUCGCUCACCCGCCUCCUCAAAAACCCUUCCUCCGCCGCCACCGCCAGCACUACCACCGCUACAACUGACCAUAACAACCACAACCCACAGCAUUCCAACCCCCUAGCAUCCUACUACGCCACCUCCGCCCACUUCAUCUGGAUCGGUGACCGCACGCGCCAACUCGACGGCGCACACGUCGAAUUCUUCCGCGGCAUCGUCAACCCCAUCGGUAUCAAAAUCGGUCCCAGCAUGACCCCCUCCGACCUGACCCACCUCCUCGACGUCGUCAACCCGACCCGAGAGGUAGGCAAAGUCACCCUCAUCUCGCGCUACGGCGCCUCCAAGAUCGCCGACUACCUGCCUGCGCACAUCGCCGCCGUCCAGGCCUCGGGCCACAUCCCCGUCUGGCAAUGCGACCCCAUGCACGGCAACACGCAGUCCACCCCCUCGGGCGUUAAGACCCGCCACUUCAGCGACAUCCUGUCCGAGCUGAAACAGGCCCUGGAGAUCCACCGCGCCGCCGGCUCUUUCCUCGGCGGCAUGCAUCUCGAGUUAACGGGUGAGGCGGUCACCGAGUGCGUCGGCGGCGCCGCCGGUCUGACCGAGGAAGGUCUCGGCGAACGAUACACGACGUUCUGUGAUCCGCGACUGAACGAGAAGCAGGCGCUUGAGCUGGCGUUCCUAGUGGCUGGGUUCUAUCGUGAUAUGGAUGAGAAGGAUGAAUCGGCUUCUCCCCUCUAG